CGUUUAAAAAAAUCAGUUUCUAUUUAAAUCGUCUGUUACUUUGCAGCACUAGCUAGCUUGUUUGUUUAUCUUCUUUCCUUUCUUCAUAGCGUUCACUUAACAACACUAAGCUAGUUUUGUUUAUUGGUUUUUUACGCUAUGUUUGUACUUUUUUUUUCCAAUUGAUCGAAAAGUCAAAGAAGCCGGUAAAAUGCACUUAUUUCUGCAACUUAUUUUAUUUGGCUCUUUUAUUUCCUUCAACAAUGCGGAUGAAAUCGAUGUCAACGGCUAUUUGGCUUAUUGUCCAUGCAUGGGGCGAUUUGGUAACCAAGCAGAUCAUUUCUUAGGCGCUUUAGCCUUUUCGAAAGCAUUAAAUCGUACACUUAUAUUACCUCCAUGGGUGGAAUAUAGAAAAGGUGAAAUACGAUCGAGGCAGGUACCAUUCGAUACCUACUUUCAAGUGGAACCCUUACAAGAGUAUCAUCGGGUCAUAUUAAUGGCAGACUUUAUGCAACGGAUAGCGCCACAAGUAUGGCCAGAAGAUAAACGUGUUUCAUUCUGCUAUAUGGAGCGUAAAACGCUAGCACCCAACAAAGCCUCGAAACCCGAUUGUCAUGCCAAGGAUGGUAAUCCUUUUGGUCCAUUUUGGGAUACAUACAAUAUAUCCUUUGUGGAUUCCGUUUUCUAUAGUCCACUAAAUUUUGAUAUACAUCAUCGGGCAAUGGCUACAAAAUGGCAAGAAAAAUUCCCCGCCUCGGAAUGGCCUGUUAUACCAUUUACUGGCGCGCCAGCUAGUUUUCCCGUACAAAUGGAGAACAGAGAAUUGCAGCGUUAUCUACGUUGGUCACCCAUUUACGAUGAAAUGAGACAUACAUUUAUUAAAAAUAAACUGCCAAUUGGCGCAUUUAUUGGCCUUCAUCUACGCAACGGUAUAGAUUGGGUGCGCGCUUGUGAACAUGUGCGUGAUAGCCAACAAUUAUUCGCUUCACCACAAUGUCUUGGAUAUAAUAACGAACGUGGUUCAAUUUAUUUUGAACUGUGUUUACCAUCAAAGGAAUUAAUCAUCAGACAAAUUAAACGUCUAAUUAAAAGUGUUAAACAAAGUAAUCCUAAAAAUGAAAUACGUUCCAUAUUCGUGGCUGCAGAUGCGAAUCACAUGAUAACCGAAUUGAACACAGCUUUGUCGCGCAUGAAUGUGUCGACUUAUAGAUUGGAUAAUGAUGAUCCGCAUCUGGAUCUUGCCAUAUUAGGUAUGGCGAAUCAUUUCGUUGGAAAUUGUGUUUCGUCUUUCAGUGCGUUUGUUAAGAGAGAGCGCGAUGCUAAGGGUUUACCAUCAUAUUUUUGGGCAUUCCCGAAAGAGAAGGAACGACACGUAAGGGCGCAUGAGGAACUAUAAGAAAUAGGAGUAAAAUGGACGUUUUUAUCAAUUCAAACUAUUCCAAGCUACACGACUCUGGGUGGCGUAAAAGU